CGUCCAAAAUUGAAGCUUGGUUUCAUUCCGCAUCGACUCCAUCGAGUAUCAAGUCCGGGUGACAGCCGAGUCAAUGGAGGCAGCUCUCGGAUUGAUGAGAAGAAUGCCGCCGAAGCACAUGGAGACGGCUCUAUCCGCAUUGCUCAGCCUCUUGCCGGAUCACUCUUCCGAUCUCCUCUCGCAGGUGGAUCAGCCUCUCCAGGUUAUGUGUGAUCUGGAAACUGGGAAGGAAUUCAUAUUAUGUGAAUAUAACAGAGAUGCUGACUCCUAUAGGUCGCCUUUGUCCAAUAAAUAUCACCCACCUCUAGAAGAUGGAGCUUUUCCAUCUGCAGACCUAAGGAAACUUGAGAUUGAAGCAAAUGAAGUUUUUGCUGUUUAUCGUGACCAGUAUUAUGAAGGAGGCAUUUCAUCGGUAUACAUGUGGGAAGAUGAGAAUGAUGGCUUCAUUGCCUGCUUCUUAAUAAAGAAAGAUGGCUCAAAAUCUGGACAUGGUAGAAGAGGUCAUCUGCAGGAAGGUUCCUGGGAUGCAAUACAUGUAAUCCAGGUGGGUCCAGAGGAUGAAGGGACUGCACAUUACUCCUUAACUAGUAGUGUGAUGCUAUCUUUGACUACAAAUAAUGAGUCGUCUGGCACGUUCAAUUUGUCAGGAUCUAUAAGAAGACAGAUGAGCAUGCAUCUCCCUAUCUCAGAGGGUCAUUUGUGCAACAUGGGGAGGAUGAUUGAGGAAAUGGAGGGAAAGCUUAGGAACUCGCUCGAUCAGGUUUAUUUUGGAAAGACAAAGGAAAUGGUCUGCAUUUUACGCCCUCCUUCCGAGCUUGUGCAAACAAAGCUUCCUGAGAGCUAAGAUUUAUCAUCCCAUAUCCUUUUAAUGCGUACUCGUAAUAUACAUUCCGAAAUGUUUUUUCUGUUAUUCAUUAUGAACUCAGUUACUUCCAGUGUCACAAGUGCACUUGAAUCCUAGUGGUACAGUUACGUACCGAUCAUUUGUUUCUAUUUUUUGGCGAUGAUAGUUUCAGCUAGAGCGAGAGUUUCUUUUGUUUUAUGGUAGCUGUUAUUG